GUAAUUUGCCAACGACAGGGACCAAUGAAAACUCAGAAUGCAUUGCGUCCGGAAGUUGCUGUGUUUCGUCGUUUUGCUGACGGAAAAACGUGUGUAAUUUAGAAUUUUACGACCUAAAAGUUAGAAUAUUGUGUCGGAGAGUCAACUCUAUAUAAGUGAGCAGUUAUGUGUUUACUCUUUGUUAGUGUAUGCGUGUAAUAUACGCUAUUUGAACCAGCUUUUGUCAUCAUUCUCCUUCGUGUAGUUCAACAACAAUAGAGUCCAUAAUGUCGAAAAGGACGAAGUGGGAUACCAAGGGAGAUUUAAACGAAUCAAAGAACCUGCCGAUCUAUCAACACAAGGCCACACUUCAGCAGGCUGUCAAAGACAAUUCAUUCUUGGUUGUCACUGGCGAGACUGGCAGUGGGAAAACGACUCAACUUCCCCAGUACUUGCAUCAAGCAGGAUUUUGGGGUAAUGGCAAGAUUGGCAUCACCCAGCCUCGGAGAGUAGCAGCCAUCACUGUAGCCCAGAGGGUAUCACAGGAGAUGCACUGCAGUCUGGGUAGGGAGGUCGGAUACCAAGUGCGCUUCGAUGACUGCACGACACAGGACACGGUGGUGAAGUACAUGACGGAUGGCUGUCUGCUGAGAGAGAUCCUGGCAGACCCUGUUCUGUCUCAGUACAGUGUGGUCAUUUUGGAUGAAGCCCAUGAGAGGAGCCUUAACACUGACAUUUUGCUGGGUCUGUUGAAGCAGACCCUCUCCAGUCCAGAUAAGGCCUCUAAGGGUCGCUCUGUCCCCCUGAAGGUGGUGGUAAUGUCAGCCACACUGGAGACAGACAAGCUCUCUGUGUUCCUGGGAGGCUGUCCUGUCUUCACCAUCCCUGGAAGAACCUUUCCCGUCACCUCCAAGUUUAGCUGUGCCAUAGGACCAAAAGAUGCAGAGAGCUCUGUUUACGUUAAAGAGGUUGUCAAGGUUGCAUUGGAUGUGCACACCAGUGAGAUGGCUGGGGAUAUCCUUGUGUUUUUAACAGGACAGUCUGAGAUUGAGAAGGCCUGUGACAUGCUGUAUGAGAAGGCUGAAUCCAUAGACUACCGUUACGAUGUGCAGGACCAUAAAGUGGAGGGGCUGCUGAUCCUGCCCCUGUACGGAUCUAUGCCCACUGAUCAGCAGAAGCAGAUCUUCCAGCCUCCCCCUCCAGGUAUAAGGAAAUGUGUGGUGGCCACCAACAUUGCAGCAACGUCCCUCACCAUCAAUGGAAUAAAGUAUAUUGUUGACAGUGGGUUUGUGAAGCAACUCAACCACAACUCACGGGUUGGUAUGGACAUCCUCGAAGUGGUUCCGAUUUCAAAGAGCGAGGCCCUGCAGAGAGCGGGCCGGGCAGGGAGAACCUCCGCCGGGAAGUGCUUCCGGAUCUACAGUCCGGCGUUCUGGGAGAAGUGCAUGCCGGAGUACACAGUUCCAGAGAUCCAGAGGACCAGUCUCACCGCUGUCAUCCUCACACUCAAGUGCCUGGGAGUUCAUGAUGUCAUCGGGUUCCCUUACCUGGACCGUCCAGAGGAGAGGUUCAUCCUAGAAGCAUUGAAACAGCUUUACCAAUGUGACGCCAUCGACAGGAGAGGUAAAGUGACCCGGCUUGGUGAGCUGAUGGUAGAGUUCCCCCUGCCCCCAGGGCUGACCCGGGCCUUGCUCCAGGCUGCCUCCCUGGGCUGUGAGGACCUCCUGCUGCCUGUAGCUGCCAUGCUGUCUGUGGAGAACAUUUUCAUCAGGCCAGGCCAUCCAGAGAAGCAGAAGGAGGCAGAUCAGAAGCACAGGCAGUUGGGUGUGCAGGCGGGCAGCUGUAAUGACUUCACCAUGCUGCUCAGUGUGUUUGAGAAGUGCAAGGCCAGUGAUGCCCCUUCAGCAUGGUGUAAAGACAACUAUAUACACUGGAGGGCGUUAAAGUCAGCCUUCAGCGUGGAGACCCAGCUCAGAGAGAUCCUCCUAAGACUACAAAAGAAGAGAGAUUUCCCUAUGGAGAAGUUUGAUGGAAAUAAGAGUGAGCUGUUCAGGAGAUGUCUAUGCACUGGUUACUUCACCAAUGUGGCAAGAAGGUCAGUUGGGAAGGUGUUUUGCACAAUGGAUGGGCAUGGAUCCAUGGUUCACAUUCAUCCAUCAUCAACGCUCUUUGACCAGGAGGCCCAGCUCGACUGGGUGAUCUUCCAUGAUUUGCUGGUCACCUCGCGGAUUUACAUCCGGACGGUGUGCCCCAUCCGCUAUGACUGGGUGAAGGACCUGCUUCCUAAGCUCCAUGAGGUGGAUGUGUACGAGCUGAGCAGCGUGGCCAGAGAGGAGGUGACGGACGAGGAGGUGGCCAAGUGGGUGACCAAGGAAGCAGCUAAAAGACAAACUGAGGGGUCUGCUGAAGACGUGUUCAAGAAAUUGGAGAAACGGAAUGAUGAAAGCUCUGUGAAUGAUGCCCGUGCUCGCUACCUACAGAGAAAACAGGAGCGGCAACAAGGCAACGCAUCGUGAGAGAGGAGGAGGACAUUGGACACUUAUCCUCAGGGGAAGAAAGACUCAGUUAUUGGACUGACCAGGAUAGAAUAAUCUCCACUCAGGGGUUAAAAGCCUGUCUGUUAUAAUAAACUGCACAGGUGUUGUUCUGAACAAUGUUUUACAACACAGAAAUUUGAGAGUUCAGGGUCAAACAUGGUAGCUCAGCUGGUAGAGCAUGGUGCUUGUAACACCAGGGUAGUGGGUUUGAUUCCUGGGACCGCCCAUAUGCAAAAUGUAUGCAUGCAUGACUAAGUCACUUUGGAUAGAAGUGUCUGCUAAAUGGCAUUUAUUAUUUUUAUUAUAUUUAAACAUACAUCAAUAAUGGACUAGGUGCAGAUAAUGAAUUAUUGUAGUCAUAUCAAAUGUUUUAUGCUAUGUUUUCUUUUAGUGGUGUAUUUAUCUUUUAGUUUCAUACUUAUCAACGUUUUUGUCUUGAGUAAAUAUUGCCAGUGGAGGGCCUCUGCAACCGUUCUCUACUGGUUUUAGGACAGUUACAGAAUCACAUACAGUUUUCAAUAUGUCACCCAACAGUGUUGUCAAAUCAGCACAUUAGAGAACAGGAUAACCACGGGCCAUUUAUUUUGUACAACUCUGUCUCAUGUAAUAAAGGUUCAAUUCGUA